AAACUUAAAAACAAGAUUUAGUUUUGCUUAGGCCUUACAAAGUUACAAUCGAACGGAGGAUAAGGACCGUCGGAUUUAUCUGACUUCUUCUCCUUCAAUUAGGGUUUCUGAAUUGCUUCCUCUGCCGAUUAGGGUUUUAGCGUCUCUAGCAUUUUCUUUCAGCUCAAACCCAAAAACCUCAUCGCCAAUUAUUUCUUCGUCGCUACUCUACCCCGCGCCGAUUAAUCUCUCUCAGAACCGUCCCAGAUGAGGAAGCUCAAGUAUCACGAGAAGAAGCUUAUAAAGAAAGUAAAUUUCUUAGAAUGGAAAAGAGAAGAUAACCAUCGGGAAAACGAGAUUACGUAUCGUUACCACAUGGGCUCUCGUGAUGAUUACAAAAAGUAUUCAGGAUUGUGUAGGAUGGCGCAGAAACUGACGAAUAUAUUGAAACAAAUGGAUCCCGCAGAUCCUUUUCGUAUUCAGAUGACUGAUAUGCUUUUGGAGAAGCUAUAUAACAUGGGUGUUAUACCGACUAGGAAAAGCUUGGCUUUAACUGAACGGUUAUCAGUUUCAUCCUUCUGUAGGCGUAGGCUAUCGACUGUACUGGUUCACCUAAAGUUUGCAGAGCACAACAAAGAAGCUGUGACAUACAUAGAGCAAGGACACAUUCGUGUAGGACCAGAAACAAUUACUGAUCCAGCUUUCUUAGUAACUCGGAACAUGGAAGAUUUCAUCACUUGGGUUGAUUCUUCCAAGAUUAAACGAAAGGUUCUUCAGUACAAUGACAAAUUGGAUGAUUAUGACAUGAUUGCUUAACUUUGAGGAGGUUUUAAAAAAAAGACUGAUGUCUUGUAAUAGCUAUGAAAGGUUCAGUGCUACUGUUGCAGGGUUUGUUUGGAUUUCUGGUUAUGUUUUUUGCAAUAUAUAUCAAAUGUGCUACUACUCUUAUUUUGUAUUGCUUACUUUUAAAAUAGGAAAUGGCAAUUCCCCUUAUAUA